UAAAGAAGAACAUACACAUCAUCUCUCUUCUCUCUCCUCCAUGGCCGGAUUCAUGUCAGACCGACCGUCUUUCUCUCUCCACGACAUCGAUUCAACAACCACUGCGCCGCCGGCGAACCCAUUCUCCGAUAUCCUCUUUAACCAAUCUACCACCGCCAUGGAGAAUUCAACUCUCAACAUUCAGAAUCUGAUGGGUACAUUCCCAUUCGAUCAUCAUUUCCAAACAUCCGUUUUCUCCAAUUUUCCGAUGGGUUCCCGGCCGCCGGAAAAUCAAGAAUUCAAGAAGAGGAGAGAGAGCAGCUCCGAAGAGUACUCAUCUCCUCCACUGUCAGAGAACGACGAAAGAUCAGCUAGGCAGAAAAAUGGUUCAAGAAGAGGGAAGAGGAUGAAGAUCAUAGAUAAGGACUCAAAAGAUGUUGUGCAUGUUAGAGCUAAAAGAGGCCAAGCUACUGAUAGUCAUAGUUUGGCAGAAAGGGUUAGAAGAGAAAAAAUCAAUGAGAGACUGAGGUGCUUACAAGAUAUUGUGCCAGGAUGUUAUAAAACUAUGGGCAUGGCUAUGAUGUUGGAUGAGAUAAUUAAUUAUGUACAAUCCUUGCAAAAUCAGGUUGAGUUUCUAUCAAUGAAAAUGACAACAGCGAGUACAUAUUACGAUUUCAACUCAUUAGAGAACGAUGUUUCCGAAGAAAUGCAGAGAGCAAAGGUAAUUGAUCAGGCACAAAAAUUAGAGCAAAGAACUACCAAGCAAGGACAUGAAGGUUUCCCCUCCACCCAACAGGGCCUGUUUGACUUUUGUUUUGGAAACUAUCAUACAAAUCAUCAUACUCCAAUAUGACAAUGAGAAGAUGUUUCCUUCCCCAAUCCAAUUAUAAUUCCACACCAAACAUGUCCCAUCCCAAUACCCAUGAUUUUAAUUUGCUUAGCAUUUUGGUUUGCUUCAAUUUUACACUAUCAAUCCUCACAAAUAUGUGAAAUUGAUUAUGAGAUAUUCAUUAUUUUUUUAAACUUAAUAUUUGUGCUAA